AUGUCCCAUCACUCUCUCUACUUCACUCGUGGGACUCCCCGAUGUGGCCUACCGGCAUUUACCUUGGAUUUCUCGAACGCACAUGCCUUGGAAGCUCUCACGGAGCGGCUCCGCCAGCAAUAUACACAUGGCUCGCCCGUGCCACCGCGGGUGCCGAAUUCAGACCAAGCGGAGCACGGCCUCUCUGAGAACAGUGACAAAUUCGGGCACAAGGCGCAAGAAUGGGUGCCCUCGCAGUCGAUGAUGGCAGAAGUGCCUCUGGUGACGCCCACCUUCAGCAAACCGAAGCCGAUUAAUAUUGCCUUGGGAAAUGGCAUUCCUUCCAUCUCAUCUGCGCUCCCUCAUUCUAGUGUUCAACGGCCCUCCCCGACGCAAACAGUCGUUCCGGCAUAUAUCGUAACGCGUGACCCGAUAACAAAGGACACUACUCCGGUCAAAGAAGAGCCGUCAGCUCGAAACGAUGUACUUGCAGGAAUCACCGCUGAGGGCUCUCCAGUCGCACCACAGAGCACUCUUCCGAUAUCUCAAGCGCAGCCUAGCAGGCCAGUGGCACCGGCAACGGUUCGGCCAGCCGAUUUGAGAAGAAGCGUUGCCCUAACAAAUGCGAAUCGGAGCCAGACUAGUGACGAAGCACAUCGUCUAACCCCUGGCACCCGGCACAACUCACCUGUACGAGCCACUUCACAUAAAAAACAGGGGUCGCAGAUGGGUUCACAAUCAUCCAUGUCUUCUCCUGACUACAGGCCAUCGUCUGGCUCGUCCCAGUCUUCCAAGUCUCCCGAGCCAAGCCUAAUAGCCCCCUCAAUGCAUUCUGCGUCGCCGAGUCGACGUCGGUCAUCUCGCGCCAGGGGCGAACCCGUCAUCUACAACCUCAAAAAGUUAUCUCGAAAAGCACUUGCUGCAGACUUCGAAGACAACCCUCACUUUCCCUACCGGUCUGAGGGGGAGGCGGCCAACCCUGUCUUUGAUCUACCAAUCCCAUCGGCCGCUUUACCCCGGCAGAGGUCUUCGCAACCUCGUCAGUCGUCGCCCCCUCGUCCUUCUCACCCGCCUCGUGCAUCGUUGCAUCCCCGUCAGACACCUCAAUCACGCGGGUACCUGCAAGAUUUAUCUGAUGGACAGCAGUCUCCAAGUGGGCCCCCGCGGGAAGGUAACCUCAUGAAGCUCCUAUGGGCUCGAGAACUGCACGGUUCACGGCCGAAUCAAGACCUGCUUCGUGCCACCGCGAGCUCCAACCUGAAGCCUUGGAAGUCCUGGAAGGGAACCUCGAAUGAUGUGGCGUCAGUGACAUUCUCGCCCGACGGCACAAGAUUUGCUGCCGGGUCUACUGCAUUGUCCGACCAGUACAACCGCGCCAAUAACUUGGUCUAUGGGGACAUCCCGAAGAACACUUUAUAUGAGCUUCCAAAUCACAAUGUCCCUCGCAGGGUGAAUGCUGCCAUGGCGGAUGAGCGGCUUUUCCCGACCGUAUCUACAGUCCAGUGGGUGGAUCAAACCUUCUAUACGGCUAGUUAUGAUCAGACUGUGAAGAUCUGGGAUGCGCAGGAUCUGAGCGCCACAAGAGUACCUAAUUGUACUCGGACACUCCAACACGAUUCCGGGGUCUUGGUUAUGGGCGUGUCGAGUAAAAUGCCGCAUCUUGUAGCCACCGGAACUACCCAUCAAUUUCACUUGUGGAACCUCAACGAUCACCAGUCUGGCUCACAAUCGCUGCAGAUUAAGCGAGACCCUCGUCAAAAAGCAAAUAUUGUUCUCGGACCAACGGUGCUUGGUUGGGGAGAGGCUCCGGGAUCCAAGCAAUAUCUUGUCGGAGGCAUGGCAGAACAGAUCCCCGAUAAUGAGAUGGAUGAGAAGAAGAGAUUUCAGGUUGUCAAUCACGGUCAUCUGGGAUUGUGGAAGGUCCAUGAGUCCUCUGUCGAGGUGUGCCGAAUCCGCGGUUUUGAUUCGCAGAACAUCUUCGACCUCAAAUGGCACCAAACGCAGCCUCGAUUUGCGAUUGGCAGUACCUACAGCCAAGCCAUGAACCUUCCCCUGCGAUCGAAAUCGGUCGUUCAGCUAUACGAUAUCGAAUCGGGAGAUCGGGCCGUGGUGACUGGUAAAUGCGCCUGCGCUGCCGCAGAUAUCAACGAGGUUACCUUCUGUCCCAUGGACUCUACCUAUGUUACCGCGAGCUGUACGGAGGGGAGCACCUACGUGUGGGAUACUCGUUUCAAUCAAAAACCGAUCCAUAAGCUCCAGCAUGGGCCAUCGGUCAUGGCUCUCAACCCGCUGUACGCUAGGGAGUUGGUUGAUUUCGGCGUGCGUGUAGCGCUUUGGGGCACCACGAUGGAUCAGUUCUACACCGGUGCUACAGAUGGCUACCUCAAGCAAUGGGACAUUCGUCGAUCGACCGAGGAUGCCCUCGUCGCCAACACAGCCCAUCUCAACGACGGAAUUACUUGUGGGGCUUUCUCCGCCGACAAGUCGCAACUUCUCCUGGGUGACUUUGGAGGCGGUAUUCAUGUCUUGACCUGCGAGAACACGGACGAGGACCAAUCGAGUUUUGCGUUCAAGCCAGCUCCGGACCCAGCUUCGACCGAGGAGCCGGGGAUCCCUGUUGCAAAUGAACUUCUGGACUCGAGACAGCUUAUUAUGCAUCCCGUCUACGGCCCUGUUCAGGGGCCUUGCUACAAAGGGCCCUAUGCUGCAUGGGCGCGUGGUCUUCCCCCGAUGACGCCGGCGGACAAGAUCAAGCGGACACCCUUGUUGGGGAAAUUCCAAGCUCGCCAAUUUGAUGGGCCUCCAAUAUACGAUCGGCCCGAACUCGAUGCUGGAUCCCGUCGAGAUCUUCAGUGUCAAUUCAAUCUUGCUCGCGCCCGUCACGCCCGCAAUAGUUCUCUUGGCCUGGCACGAGUUGGUCGUGACACGAGUCCCCGGAAGCGUAAGCGUGAUUAUCUCACAGCAUACGGUGGUAUCGAAAAGGACUCCCAACGACACAAAUCCCUCAGUCCCAGCCGGCGAAAGAGCAAAAAGAAAAAGAGAAAGAAGCUCUAUCGCCGCAGCAUCCACGUGAUUACUCGGAUUGAAGACUCCGUCAUUGAUUUGACUAUGGACUCUGGCUCGGAUGCGGAAGUAACAGCCGCGAAUGUCGAUCCGGCCGCGGCGCCAGUUUCGAACCCCGUCGCUGAAUCUGCUCCUGUGCCGAUGCCGGUGGAUGAAACUCCUGGAGUCACUCUCGCAGAGUCGAGUGUGGACUUGCCCGAGGCACCUGUGGAACAUCCAGGGUCUCGUGUAGUCUCACUCUCCCCGGUGAUCAAGGUCCUCGAUGAGGAUUCAGAGGAAGACUUUGAAGACUACUGGUGGCCGGAAAGCGGGCACGUUGACGCCAACUUAAGCCCCGAUGAGCUGUGA